AUGUUAUUAAUCCUAUCAUGGCUACUACCGAUUGUCAUUACUUUCGGCUCAACAGCAUUGGGAUGUCAAAAACGUUACAAUCGUUAUUCGUUGGCGUAUACUUUCGAUUGUUCCAAUUGUACAAUAUUCUGGGGAUUCUCCUUUCUUGACUUCAACCAAUAUGCCGGACAAUCGAUACCGCUCAUCAUAAUAACUGCUUACGCAAUUAUUCUUUUUAGCGUUUACCGUAAUCGUAAGACUCACGGUGUUUUUCAUCAGCGGCAAUCAUUCGCUGAUGUCAAGUUGGCAUUCCAAUUCAUAGUCAUUUGCUGCUCCCAAUAUCUCUCCACACUGUUGUUUUUCAUCAUUCCUAAGGUUGGUCACGGAAGCGACUGGAGUACAAUUCUCAUGAAUACUAUAGGAACGAUCAACGUGUCAGUCAAUCCUACUGUUCUGCUUCUAUGGAACCAGCAAGUCCGAUCCAGCGCUAUGGCAAUUUCUGGUAGACGUCAAGUGCGAACAUUUACUGUAGCCACAGCGAUAAAGUCCACUAGACCUGGAAAAACAGAAAACUUCGAAGUAGAUUCUUAA